AUGGAACAUGCUGAUGAUGCUGGAUUCCCCGGAGGACCUAUGUUGAGACAUGUGUUGACACAGUAUGAGCACCACGUGGCUCGACGGCUAUGGGAAGGAGAGGAUCGUGGACCGUUAAAGCCUGUAGAGCAUUGGAUUCGGGAAUCUGGGCUGCUACCUCUGUCUUCGGCCUACCUCACUAUGGUUGAUGCUGGUCUGGUCUCGACAUUUAUUGAAAGAUGGCACAUGGAGACCAACUCAUUUCAUUUGCCAUUUGGAGAGAUGACUAUUACUUUAGACGACGUCGCGACUCUCCUUCACAUAUCACCCAAUGGUAAAUUUUUUGAUGCACCUAUUGCAUUGGUUGCGUGA